GUGCCGGUAGUCCAUCGCGAAUCAACGCAGUUACUGCACGUGUAAGUCGGCUCGGGGCGACUCCGGCGGUGGUCCCGCUCGCGAAUCACGCCGAUCCGGCACACAACGCGUGAUCCUCAUCGCUUAUUAAUCCGUUCGGAAAACAUAAUCGUCGUUAUCGCGAUCCCAAUGGAAUAAGUGCGCGUCUUGGAAGCAAAAGAAAAGGAAAGGAAUUUUUUUGCGAGUCCAAAUUAAGCGUCAAUCGAUCGAGAUCGAUCGUUUCCGUGAAGGAAAUGUGAGGAUAUUGCAAGUGUAAAGAUUAAGCGACUAGCGUGACAUUUAAUUCGUUUACCUUCGAGAAGACAAACUUGAGUGAAUAUUUCAGUAUUUUGUAUAAGAAAAAAAAUUAUAAGAGAGACACUUGCUAAUUUAACCGUGAGUGGUCUUGUAUAAAAACAAGCGGAUAUUUGCCGACGAUAUCGGCAUAAAUUACAAUCGAUUUGUCGCGAAAAAAACUUUGAAAACUUAUUUAAAAUAUAUACCAUUAAUCCAACUGUCAAUAACUAGUGAUUUUUAUAAAGCUUGAGGACAAUUAUUUACCAAUUGUUGAAGCAAUCGAACAAUAUCGUGGACAAGUCUUUUUCGAUUAUAUAUCAAAACUUGGAAAUAAAUAAAAACGCGAAUUAUAACGAGAAUUAGUGAGAUAAAAAUAUAAAACUUAAAGUUUUAUAAAAUUAAUAAUAUAACGUCAUUAAUUCGCCAAUUAAAAUGCCAAUUAAACUCUCUAAAUAAAAAUAUUAAAAUAAGCAAGUUGCAAAUUCUGAAAACUGAAACGAAUAUAUAUAUACAAAUAUGUGUUAAUGAUGAAAAAUAACUUCUAUCUGUGAUUCAAAGCAUUAAAGUGUUAGUAUAAGACAUAGUGAUCUACAAUAAUAUUUAAUAAAAAGAAUACAUAUAUUAAAUAAAUUAAUAAUAGAAAAAGAACUGUAUGAUCGAAAAACGAUAGAAGAAAAUUUCUGUGAUACGAUAAAAUUAACCACGAAGAUAGUCGAGACGUAGUCUCACAUUUUGAGGAACUGAAUGAAUCGAAUGAAAAUCCGAUUUUGGUCUCGAUAUUUCAAAAUAUGAGACGGAGCAGAAACGAAGCAUAGUCGUGAUAUAUCGUGGGACAUUUCAGUAUAAUUAAUCGAUCUCUAUAUCAUGGCACCAGCAAAUAACCUCGAUUGGUCAGAGCCGUGUCAGCAGUGGCGAUAUCCAAAAAUCUGCCCGCCGGCGACCGGACAGAAAAACGAGCGUCCUAAGAGCGCUGUGGAACUGAGUGGCAAAGAAGCCAACACUGCCUAUAAAAAAUUCUGCAAGUUCUUGCGUCGACUAAGCAGUAAGAAACGCAAGGAUGGCAGCAAGGUGACGACUGUAGUAGCGACUCCCGGUGCUGGCCCGGAUCGUCCUCAGGAGGUCGCAUACACCGAUACCAAGGUCAUCGGAAACGGCAGCUUCGGUGUGGUAUAUCAGGCGAAACUCUGCGAUUCGGGGGAGAUGGUUGCCAUCAAGAAGGUUCUUCAGGACAAGCGAUUUAAGAACAGGGAAUUACAAAUCAUGCGACGCCUCGAGCACUGCAAUAUCGUGAAACUUAAAUAUUUCUUUUAUUCUAGUGGUGAUAAGAAGGACGAGGUUUAUCUUAAUCUAGUCCUGGAAUACAUACCCGAAACUGUGUACAAAGUCGCUCGACAUUAUAGCAAAAGCAAGCAGACGAUACCAAUCAGUUUCAUCAAGUUGUAUAUGUAUCAACUGUUCCGUUCGUUGGCGUACAUCCACUCGCUGGGCAUCUGUCACAGGGAUAUCAAGCCGCAGAAUUUGCUUCUAGAUCCGGAUACUGGUGUCCUGAAGCUAUGCGAUUUCGGUUCAGCUAAACACCUUGUGAAGGGCGAACCGAAUGUGUCCUACAUUUGCAGUCGCUACUAUCGCGCACCUGAGCUCAUCUUUGGUGCUAUCGACUAUACUACAAAAAUUGAUGUUUGGAGUGCAGGUUGCGUGCUAGCGGAACUGCUGCUAGGUCAACCGAUAUUUCCCGGCGAUAGUGGUGUUGAUCAGCUGGUAGAGAUUAUCAAAGUCCUCGGUACGCCUACGCGCGAUCAGAUACGUGAGAUGAACCCCAACUACACCGAAUUUAAAUUUCCACAAAUUAAGUCGCAUCCCUGGCAAAAGGUGUUCAGGGCGCGCACGCCGCCGGAAGCGAUGGACCUGGUGGCACGGCUACUGGAAUACACACCGUCGCUGCGAAUGACGCCGCUGCAAGCGUGCGCGCAUUCAUUCUUCAAUGAAUUGCGCGAACAGGGCACGCGGUUGCCGAGCGGCCGUGAAUUGCCGCCACUCUUCAACUUCACCGAGCACGAGCUGCGAAUCCAGCCGAUCCUCAACAGCAUGCUGAUACCCAAGUACAUGCAAUCGGCCGCCGCCACCACCGGUACGGAGGGGAAUCCCGGCGGGGGCGGCGGCGGGGGCGGAGGUGGCGGCCAGGCGGACGCCACGGGCGCCGCCGCCAGUGCUAGCGGUAAUUCUAGUGAUAAUAGCGCCAACAAUCCCAACACCACCACUAACACCACCGCUACCAACACGCAAAACACUGACCCCAGCCAAUCGAAUAUGGCUUGAAUCGCUUUAUUCUAUCUUCUAUUUUUCUUUUCCUUUUUAACGUUAUUAAAGAGUUGGGUUAUGACGUUGUUACAAUGGCAUGACGAAGUAACCAUCUUCUGACGAGGAUGUCCACGUUGUAAAUGCGAUAUACGCGCAUUGCGGAGUAUAUAUAGGUGUAAGGUUUUCAUCUUCUCUCUAGCGAGAAGUAUAGUGUAGUACAGCGACGCGAUUCGGUGGAAUUAAGGCUCUUAGCUCGUUUCCAUAUGCACAUUCGAUGACCAGGAGACCCUGACUCCCUUUAUCUUAACGAAGACGGAAGUUCGAUUCGGAGGACGGAGGCAGAGCACCGUCAACUUGCUCCUUUUAUUACCUACUGACUUUUUUGUUGGCCUAAGAUGGCUGAUUGAAAGAUUUUUUUUUUAAUUAGAAUAACCAAGAUUCUUCUACUUCAAGAUUUGUUUAUUUUCCAUCUAUUUCCUGAUCCUUUUAACGAUAAAAUCGCUAUUCUUAUGGGACAUGCAUAUAGAUUUGUGCUUAUCUUUAUUAAUUAUUUCAUUAAUUAUUGAAAAACUCGCAAAACAAUAAAUUCCGAAAUAAAAACGUUUAAUUCGCGGAACUAUAAUCUAUAUAAUGUAACAUUUCACAAAGACAUUUCUGGCAAACUAUUAGCAACAGGACAAAUAGGAAAAUUAUAUUAAUUUUACUAUUGCAUGAAAUAUAUAGAAAUAUGAAUAUAUAUGUGUAUGUAUGUGUAUAGUUUUUACAUAAAUGUAACAUAUAUAAAUUGCUCGUUCAGAUUAAGUACUGUACACAAUUUACAAUGAAAACGGAAAUCUUGGAAGGUGUCAUCUUCUCUGUUCAAAAAAUAAGAGGAGGAAGGAUAUCGUGAGGUUGUGUCCAAACUGACACAGAAUCAACGAAGAUAAAUACACCGAAAAAAUCGCGCUCUUUCUUUAACAUAUAUGCAUGCUUAGAUGGAAAAUGUGCAAGUUUCAUUUAUUACAUCCAGUAGAUUCUAAUACAAAGUAACAUUCUAUUUCUCGUCAAAUGACUCAUUUUGAUUCGCCGAUUUUAGAGAGCGGAGUCAGGCGGUGCUGCGAAAUUCGUUUCUCUUUCCAGAAAGGGAGUUCGGGCCUACUGUGUAAGCAUAUAAUAUCAAAAAAGAUUUUACACAUUGAGGAAAUACCAUUUUCAUCAAUCUUUGGUUAAAUUUAUCGACGGUUAAAAUUAACAGCAAUUUUGAGAACAUACCUCGUUAUAUAAGUUCUUGAAACUACUGUUAAUCGGUUAAGUUAAUCGAAGAUUGAUGAAAGUGGCUCUAACAUAGACCACGUUUUUUCAGAUGUUACAAUUUAUUUGAUAGAAUAAAUUUACUGAACACGCUAAGAAUUCUUAAUGAAUAUUCGUGAAGCUAGAUCUUUUACAAAAUUCAUAUAAGACAUGUAUAGAUCAUCUAAUAUCAAUUUAUCCAUGUGGAAAAAAAUUUCGGAAUUAUUAUGCGAAUUUAUUCUAUCAACUGCGAAUUGUAGUAUGUGAGAAGCUAAUUUACCUCAUUGUGCAUACGCGAGAAAAGAAAUUUAUGGUAUUCUUUAUUUCUGACAUAUAAACCAAUGUGGCUGCUAGGAGUCUUGAUUACGCUUCGUUGUUGUCAAAUCGAAUUCAAUGUAUAUAUAUGUGUAGGAACUUGUCUCCUUUAACUUUAAAUACUGCUAAAUGCGUUUACUCUAAUUAAAGGUAAACUAAGAGGAUGUAUAAUCUAAUGCGUCUAGUAAUGUCGUGUUUGCGCGUCGCCAUUAUUUUAUAUUUUAAGACACUGCGAAGUCGAAGCUCGACAAAAAUAUUGACUUUUGAGGAGAUUGUGAACGCCGAUGAUAAAAAUGUUGGUCUUUUGUAGACUUAGAACGA